GAUGGCGGAGGGAGGAGCGGCUGAUCUGGAUACUCAGAGAGCAGAGGUCGCAGCGCUGCUGAAAACUCAGCUAAGGAAGGGAGAUACUUGGUACUUGGUAGACAGUCACUGGUUCAAACAGUGGAAGAAAUAUGUGGGCUUUGACAGCUGGGACAAGUACCAGAUGGGAGAUCAAAAUGUCUACCCAGGCCCGGUGGACAACUCGGGACUCCUUAAAGAUGGUGAUGUACUUGCCAUCAAGGAGCACCUUAUUGAUGAGCUGGACUACAUCCUUGUACCCACAGAGGGUUGGAAUAAGCUAGUCAGCUGGUAUGGGCUGACCGAAGCCCAGGAGCCAAUAGCUCGAAAGGUGGUUGAGCAAGGGAUGUUUGUGAAGCACUGCAAAGUGGAGGUUUACCUCACUGAACUGAAGUUGUGUGAAGACGGUAAUAUGGAGAAUGUUGUCACCAGGCGUUUCAGCAAAGCUGACACUAUAGACGUCAUUGAGAAGGAGAUGCGUAAACUGUUCAGCAUUCCUGAAGAAAAGGAGACCAGGUUGUGGAACAAGUACAUGAGCAACACAUUUGAGCCACUAAACAAACCGGACAGCACCAUCCAAGAUGCUGGCCUCUACCAAGGCCAGAAGCGGUUGACCAAGAUAGAAGGAUUUCAGAGGGAAGAUAUCUGUUUGCUAGACGAGAACAGUGGAUUAUCUUGUCGAUCAAUAUUAUUGCCAAGUUUGAUGAAUAUGUCCGGAAUACAGGUCCUGGUAAUAGAGCAGAAAAAUGAGGAUGGAACAUGGCCUCGAGGGUCCUCGACACCCAAGUCAUCUGGUGCUUCCAAUCUCUCUGCUUUACCAAAGAUCUCCCCUUCAUCUCUCACAAACAAUCAUAACAGCAGCUUCAACAGUCGGAAUGUGAAGAACUCAAGCUACAGCCUUCCGUCCUACCCACCCUACAACAGCUAUGAGUACUCGGACCAUGGGAGGCACAGUGAGAAGCCUGGCCUUUGUGGACUCUCCAACCUGGGCAACACCUGUUUCAUGAACUCUGCCACACAGUGCUUAAGCAAUAUAGCUCCGCUUACUGAGUACUUCCUGAAAGACAAGUACCAGGAUGAGUUGAAUGAGGAUAAUCCACUGGGUAUGAAAGGGGAGAUUGCCAAAGCCUAUGCAGAGCUCGCGAAGCAACUCUGGUCUGGGAAGUACAGCUACGUAACGCCAAGAGCAUUCAAGACGCAAGUAGGCCGCUUCGCCCCACAGUUCUCAGGCUACCAACAGCAGGACUCGCAUGAGCUCCUAGCCUUUCUACUGGAUGGACUCCAUGAAGACCUGAACCGCAUCAGGAAAAAGCCCUACAUCCAGCUCAUGGAUGCAGACGGGAGGCCCGACAAGGUGGUUGCUGAGGAGGCCUGGGAGAAUCACAUCAAGAGGAACGACUCCAUCAUCGUGGACAUUUUCCACGGCCUCUUCAAAUCCACUUUAGUCUGUCCAGUGUGUGCCAAGGUCUCGGUGACCUUUGACCCCUUCUGCUACCUGACGCUCCCUUUACCCAUGAAGAAGGAGCGCACGCUGGAGGUGUACCUGGUGCGACUGGACCCUGGUGCCAAACCUACUCAGUAUAAACUGACGGUACCCAAAGUUGGGUAUAUAUCAGACCUCUGCACUUCUCUAUCUACCUUAUCUGAUGUACCUGCUGAAAAGAUGAUUGUCACGGACAUCUACAACCACCGUUUCCACCGAAUCUUUGCCACCAAUGAAAACUUGAGUAGCAUCAUGGAGCGCGACGACAUCUAUGUCUUUGAGGUGGCUGUGAACCGAAUGGAGGACACAGACCAUGUGGUGAUCCCAGUGCACCUGCGGGAGAAGUUCAAGCAGUCUGGCUACAACCACACGAGCACCCCGCUGUUCGGCCAGCCUUUCCUCAUCACUGUGCCCCGCACGCUAAGUGAAGACAAACUCUACAACAUGCUGCUCCAACGCCUCUGCCGUUAUGUACGCUCACCUGUGGAGGAUGAGGAGUCGGAAGAGACGCUCCCUACCAAGCAACACACCAUCAAUGGCAACGCUACCAAUGGGAUCCUGGAGGAGGGAUCUCCAAGUGAGAUGGAGACGGAUGAGCAGGACGACGAGUCCAGUCAGGACCAGGAGCUGCCCUCUGAAAACGACAACAGCCAGUCGGAGGAUUCGGUGACUGGGGACAACGAGCUAGAAAACGGUGUUGGUCAGGAGAACUCAACCAAAGCCCCGCCGCAGGCCGCACACAAAAAGCGACUCUUUACAUUCCAGUUCAACAACAUGGGCAAGACCGACUUCAGCUUCAUCAAGGAGGACUCCAGGCAGAUCCGGUUUGAUGAAGGACACCUACGACUCAGUGAUCGAUCUUAUCUAUCACUGGACUGGGAGCCAGAGAUAAAGAAGAAGUACUUUGAUGAGACUGUCACUGAGGACUUUGAAAAACACGAGAGCAUGGAGUACAAACCUCAGAAGAAGGCUUUCUUCAAACUGAACGACUGCAUUGAACUUUUCACCACCAAAGAGAAGCUCGGAGCAGAGGACCCUUGGUACUGUCCCAACUGCAAGCAACAUCAGCAGGCCACUAAGAAACUGGACCUGUGGUCACUGCCCCCUGUGCUGGUGGUCCAUCUGAAGCGCUUCUCCUACAGUCGUUACAUGAGGGAUAAGCUGGACUCACUGGUUGACUUCCCCAUCAGAGAUUUGGACAUGUCCGAGUUCCUGAUCAACCCUAAUGCCGGGCCAUGCCGCUACGACCUUAUUGCUGUGUCCAACCAUUAUGGUGGAAUGGGUGGAGGCCACUACACUGCUUACGCCAAAAACAAGGAUGAUGACAAAUGGUACUACUUUGAUGACAGCAGCGUGUCUCCUGCCGGUGAAGAUCAGAUUGUUUCCAAGGCUGCAUAUGUGCUGUUCUACCAGCGCCAGGACACUGUGAAGGGAACAGGCUACUUCGCCCUGGACCGAGAGGAGCACGAGGAGCAGCGCAGCUCCUCAGCACAAGGCGCCGCCACCCAGAGUGAGGAGGAGGAAGAGGAGGAGGAGGAGGAAGACCUGAAUGACAAUGAGAAUGAGGAAGAGGAGGAGGAGGAGCCAGAGCCCAAUCAUGAUGUCACCAUGAACACCAACUGAGGCGCGCGCAGCGAAAUGACGGGAUGUCGAAAGCCAUAUCCACCCAGAGCAGUGCAGGAGGCCGGAGCGGAGCAGAGCGGCAUGGCUACCCCACACGGGGCCGUCUGAGGGAGCGCCCGCCCGCCCGCCCUCACACACAUACUGCACUGGAAUAUCUUAAGCAAUUAGGGCCCUCUUCAGUGGUCACCAAGCCUGUCCAUCAUUAGAGAAUGGGGAAAAAAGUACAUGAUUACAAACUCUAAAGGCAGAAAGUGAUAGUACAGAUCUUGAGAGCUAGGUAUGCCUGCAGAUGUCCUGGUGUAACCUCUGAGAAUGUCCGCGGUGUUGUGCUAGGUUCUCCCACCCGUUUUUAUUCUAACUACAAGAGAUAUUGCAUAUCAGUAUACCUUUGUGAUUACAAAUUUUGGCCUUGUAAAUAAUUUGAAUGAACACUGAAUAUUGGGGUUUAAGAGGUGUGAAAACGUUACGGACUGUUCUUGUUUUGUUGCACAAUCACUCCAUUCUUUUUUUUUUUUUAGAUUUUACUAGUGCCACACAUACUGCAAGUAUUUGACAGCCACUCCAUGUCAUCUCACAUGAAAUGCUUUAAAAAGCUGCCUUCCUACCGUAUGCAGACACCUCUACCUGAGCAGGAAGAGUACAUUGGUGUGAGUUCACCUCUACAGCUGUCCAUGCUGCUGGGGGGAAAGACCCGGAGUUUUUAAGACAUACUCCAAAUGUGUAAUGUACGCCUUACGGGUCUCUCCCAUUCAGAGCCCUAGAGAUGUCAAGAAGUCAAGUCAAUGAGAUGAAGAGGGUGUGAACACGAGUAUAGCUUUACAAAGGGUUUCAGGUAUCAGCUUCAUACCUCCCAUCUGUUUCUUGAACAUAGGGGGCUUCUUGAGAUUAUGAAAUUUGGUGAUGCAUUAGAUUUUGUCUCUUGUUUGGAUCACCUCAGCCUUAACUCUAAUCUCAGACUGUUGCCUUUUCUUUGCACAUUCUAUCACACUGUCUGUCUGCAUGUUCCUCAUAAAGAUACACACACACACACACCAUCAACUCUCCAAGUACCUGCUCUUACACUGAGUUCGCUUUAUGUUUAAAGCUGCUAGCCUAUUGAGGUUGGUUGGCGGAAUGUAUAUUGAAUGACUGGGAGUAUACAUGACACUUGGAUGAUAGUCUCUUUCAAGGUAGUAACGACCCCCACCCCCAAACCCACCCUCUUCCAUUUAUGCUUUGGUUGAAUGUGCAGAGAAAUUGGGUGAUUGCUUUUGAUAUGUAUUGUACAACUCAUGGGGUACUGCUGUAUGUCUUUUUGUAAGACACGCGCUUUACGCUGAUCUACUCGCCUGACCAUGAAGAGUGGUCCUUCUCUAGGAGACCAGGGAGGGGGAGGGGGAGGGGGCUUAUCAGACUAAAUGAGACAUGAUGACAUAGGCUAUAUAAAUACUGUAUAUAAGAGUUCACUCUGUGAGUGCACAUUUGAUACAUUUAUUUAUUUAUAUGUAAGCAUUUAAACAACAAUGUAUUUAAGACCUUGGAGAGACAGAAGAUGUAUGGUAUAUGGCUUUAGUCCUGUAGUUCAGAAGUAUUGCCUUUGCUCUUCUGGUUUGGGGUCUCUUGUUGGGAGGCUGGGGUGGGUUGGGGAUGAUUGAUGCUCUAUUAUUUGGACUUUUUGUAAAGUUGACUUGGAUAUCCUUGCAUGUGGGGAUUUCAGAGUUUGGCCGCACUUGAGUUCACUUGGGUUUACAUUUGAGACGUGCAUGUGUAUUUAUAUACUGACUUCAAUAAAGUUGUGUAAAGCCUUA